AGUGGAUGAUGUUGUUAUAAAUUCAUAAAUUAAGUGAAAUAUUUGGUGGGCUUUUAAAUAUCACAAUUUAUAUUGAUAUUAUACGUGAAAGUUUUGAUAAUUAAGACAUAAGUGUAAAGUUUAAAAAUUAUUAAAGAAUAAAAAAUAGAUUGAAUUGAAAUUUCGAGAAAAUAUUGCAAGUAGAUGUAAUUUUGUUGAAUUUUCAAGAACACCGAUCAGUAAAGAUAAAAUUCUAAUAACUGAUGUCAUGAUAAGAUACAAUUUGCCGACAUCACUCUUUUUAAGAGGUUCAAGAGUAAAUACAGCUAAAAUCAGAGCACAACAUGUUAUAAAAUCUGUAAAAUAUCAAAACUACUAUGAACAUGUUCAUCAUAAAUCAACAUAUACCAACAACCAUUGGUUCCAUUCUCAAGCAAAGGAAAACAAAUUACGAAUCAAAAAAGCAUUAAUUGUGACAAAACUUACACGAUACGAGUUCGAGAGAAUUCGCCAUUCAGAGCUAAAUGAUCUUGAAUUAGAAGAGUUAAUCAGAUGUCGUGGCACAGAUUUUGAUGCUUUGAUGCAUUAUCAUUUUUUGCACAAAACACUCGAACGCAAAGUGUAUGAAUGCUUUAAAAAUUUAGGUGUCGAGACGAAAAUUAUCAAUCGACUAACAAUAAAUCGAGAUCUUCUUCGAUGGACUGAUAUUAUUGUACCAGUUGGUGGUGAUGGAACAUUUCUUCUUGCAGCUUCAAGAGCGAGUCCAUUCUUUAUUGAAAACUCCGUUCCAAUUGUUGGCUUUAACUCAGAUCCUUUAAGAUCCGAAGGUCGGCUUAUGCUUCCAAAACAAUACUCUGCAAAUGUUGAAGAUGGAGUAAAGAAACUUUUGACUGGCGAAUUUGAAUGGAUUCAUCGCUCAAGAAUAAGAAUUACAUUGCUUGGAUCAAACGGAGAAACUCCAGUACCAAUAGAUUUACAUGAAUACAAUACCGCACCAGUGGAACAUAAAGAAGUCAUAAUAUCUGAGCCAACACUUUUGGAUCAGAUUAUCGGUACCAGUAACGCCAAUUGCAGCUCCACAUCUAAAAGGAAAAAAUUUACAAAGCGAACACUCCCCUAUUUGGCACUUAAUGAAGUUUUUAUUGGCGAAACUUUAUCAGCUCGCGUUAGUCAUUUACAUAUUCGUCCGAAUACAACACAGAAGGUAACAAAGACAAAAAGUUCUGGUCUUUGUGUGUCUACCGGUACCGGAUCGACUUCUUGGCAUACAAGCAUAAAUCGUUUAUCAAAAAAGAAUGUUGAAGAUCUCUUGAGCAUUUUGAAAUCAACCAAUAGUGGAUUGAAUGAUGCUAAUCCUGAGUUAAUAUCAGAAGAAUAUAAUAGACAGUUAGUAUUUGAGCCUGAUGAUCCUCGGUUAUGUUACUCGAUUCGAGAACAAAUAUGUAUAGGUGUGUGGCCAAAUCCUAAAGGAUUUGAAUCUCGUGACUUUGCUCAGAAUUUAUAUGUAAAAAGUCGAUGUAUUGAUGCAAGUCUGGUUAUUGAUGGAUCGAUCGUUUAUCCUUUUAAUGAUGGGACAAAAGCGUUCCUUGAAGUUCUGCCUGAAGAUGCACUCUUGACGAUGAAAAUGAAAGAAUAAAAUUUUCGAUUUAUUUUUUUACAUUCUCUACCUCGUGAUGAAUAUACAGUGGAACUUCGAUAAACAGAUGGCUGAAGGUGCAUCGAGGCAAUUUUUCAUACAAAUUCGAUUCAAGGGGACAAAAAAAUAUCUGUUUAUCAAGGUUUAUCUGUUUAUCGAAAUAGCUGUUUAUCGAAGUUCCACUGUAUAAAUAUAUUUAUUGUAAAUAUGUAACUUACAGUUCAAAUUUAAACGACUUUUUAAUAU